AUGGUGGAACCCCGAGGUGGCGAUGUGCCACACCUUAAAAAGGAAAACCCUACACCGGAUCCUUAUGAAUUUAAUGCCAAAGUGGAAGACGGAUUCGGAAUACCUAUUAAAAAGAUAAAAGUAGAAAAGGUUGAAGCUGCCUGCUCUCCAAUGCAGCCUGAAGUGCAUGAUAUUGGGAUAGACACCUGUAGUGUUGGAGUUAUUACAGAACCAGAGUGCCUUGGGCCUUGUGAACCAGGGACCAGUGUUACACUUGAAGGCAUAGUGUGGCAUGAAACAGAAAAUGGAGUGCUUGUAAUCAACGUAACGUGGAGAGGGAAGACUUACGUUGGAACCCUCUUGGAUGCUACCAAACAUGACUGGGCUCCCCCAAGAUUCAACUGUGACUCCCCUGUAAGUGACCUCGAAUCAAGAACACCGAAGGGACGUGGAAAACGGGGACGGGGCAACACUGCUACACCCGUCAACGAACGUGUGAAUAGCAAUAAUAGCAACAACAGCAACAGCAGCAACGCCAACAACAGCAACAACAACAGCAACAAUGAGGGUCGCAAAUUGAGGAAAGGUCGGAGAUGUGGUGGCAAUAGUUUCCAAGCCCCACCCAGCCCUGCCAAGCCAGAGCAUGACCGUAGCAGUUCCUUAAAACGGAAAGGGCGGCCCUCUGAUUUGGAUCUCUCUGUUCCUCCCGACUCAUCCAAAGGUAGUAAACGAUGUCGUUCAAGCUCUAGAGGUGCCACAGCUGCCUCCAACACCACCAAUAACCAGAACUCCAAUACAUCAUCUACAGGCAGCAUUGGUACUACAGUGACAAUUGUUAGUAGCAAUGGUUCCACCCCAGGAGAAAGUACAUCUCCUGGACUUCUAACUUGUCCAGAAGCCAACUGCAACAAACAGUACAAACACAUCAAUGGUCUACGCUACCAUCAGUCACAUGCACAUCACAGUGCCAUGCUCCAAGCACAAGAAGCUGAGGAAAAUCUCCGCGACGACAAUGCUGCAAGCAUGGAGGAGAAUGCUACUGAUGAAGAAAUUGCCAGGGUUCGGAAAGAUGAGCCUGCUGAAAUGUCUGCUGGAAAGGCAAGUCGUAAAGACAAAAUCAAAGAGGAAUCAAUGAGUGAUGAUAACAUUGCUGCAGAUUGUUCGCUUUCUACAGAGCAACAGUCUGACACUGGUCUGUGUCCUCCCAGCUCAACAGAUGAUAGUGAUGCUCAGAAAUGUGCCCCAGAAAAGCUGCCUGCCAUAAAAAUUGAGCCAUCUGUGGAGGGUCUGAAAACUGAGAAGGUAACAAUAAAGACUGAACAUCCUUCAAGUUGUUCAGGUCCAAUUCCUCCAUCAGCUCCUGGCCAUUCGGUCAGUAGUGUGUCCAAACAAUCUCUAACCACCCAAAUUUAUCAAUUGGCAGCUGCUCCUAUGGGCUGCCUUGGCUCUGGGAGCGUUGCUAUGGUAACACAAACUAACUGCCAAAUUAACCCUCUUACAACAGUGACAACAUCAUCGGCUAGCAGUCCUGUGAGUAGCCAGUCCCUGCCAAUCCCUGUCUCAGCCAUGGGACCAAUAUCCCAUGUUUCUGAAUCCGAUAAGGGUAUCAAAACUGAUAAAUCAUCUGUGCUAGAUAAAUCAAAAGUGAAAACACCAACACGACCCAUUGUUCCAGCCCCAACUCCUCAAGUUGUGGCUUUUGCAGGUGGUGUUGGCUCCAACCAUACCAGCCUGACUUCAGUUCCUAGCACACACACUCAGGUAUCUCCUUCUCUUAAACCCAUCCAACCCAAGCCAACAAUUCUUGGUGAACCCAUGAACAUUAACCCAGCUCUUGUUGGACUCAAAGACAAAAAAGCCAAGCAGAAAAAGAAAUGUAAAGAAAAAGAUGGAAUCAAACCUGGAGAACUUGGUCCAAUGAAGGGUGACAUUCCCAAAUAUGAACGGACAGCUGUGAUCAAAGCAGUGGCUUCUCCUCCAAAGCCUGGAAUGGAGUUGUUACAGAAAAAAGAAGGUGGCAGCUUAAUGGAACCACCCCACCUAACCUCUGACCUGUCCCGGCCUGGUGCAGGCACUUUAGGCUGUGGUAAUUCUGUGAUCGCCUCUUCGCAGGUGUCACCAAAAUCUGUUGAUCCAAGCCACAUGGCUCGUAUGGCACAACCUCCUGGUCUCCUCAAAGUUGGCCCCUCAGGUUUGCUUUCAACUCCUGAGAGAAAAACACCAGUCAAUGACGAUGUCCAAAGUCCAGCUUAUUCAGACAUCUCUGAUGCAAAUGAAUCAGGCUCACCAAGUCAGGGUGAUACUCCUGUCAAGGGCAAAGAGGAAUCAUCUUCAUCUCGUAAGCAAGAGAAACAUGCCAAUCAGAAUCCCUCCGACCAGGCAGCUGCUCCUGUGCCACACUACAGCAUGUAUGGCUACUAUGGUCAAUCAUCAUAUCUUAUGCCAAAUGUGUCACAAGCCUCAUCACCUCAUGUCAGCCAGAGUGGCAGCUCUGUUAGCAACAGCAGUAGUGGCACAACAGUAAGCAACCACAAAACACCAGGCUCUGUGAAAGGAGAUCACUCAUCAUCUUCAAAUUCUAGCAAUGCUACUUCUGCUGCCUCCAGCCAUGAUGAGAAAGUGAGCAUCUCCAUUGAUGAAGGUAGCAAGAUGAUUGAAGAGAAGAAAAUCAAAGAAGAAAAAGAAGAUCCCAAACAUAAAGAGGGAGCUCCACCAGGUGGUGGAGGUGGCACUGGUGGGCCAAGUGGUGGUGCCAGUGGACCAGGCCUGCCUCCGCCCGACUAUCCACAAAAAUUGUAUUCCCCGUACUACUGGCACCAACACAAUACCUACCAGUACCCAUAUGGUUAUAUGGAACCAUACUCUAUGCAUUUGGUCCCCCCUCAGUACAGGCCGUAUGACAAAGUCCUUGAGGACCAAAAACGUCUUCAGCAACAUCAUCAAGGCAAAGAUGUUGAGCCAGUCAAGAAACCAGGAGAUUACCACUCCAAAUCUGGCUUGCCUGAUGAAUCAAAAGGCCCUCCACAUUCAGACUUACCACCCAAUAUGCGUUCAAUAAAGUCCAACUCGCAUGGUAUUGCCUUGAAACCAACACCAGCUGACAAAAUGACUGACAGUCACAAACUCACUUCAGAAAAGUCCCUUGAGCGGGACCGAGAACAAGCACUCAGGGAGAAACAGAAUGAAAAUCACCAAAUCUUAAAAGAGAGCAUUGAGCUCAAACCCCAAAUGGACAAAUCCCGAUAUGAAAUGUCCAGUUUGGAGGCCUACAGGAUCCAUGAUGACAUGCGCCACAGUGAGGAAAUUCAGCGCUAUUAUAUGUUCAACCAACAAAAACUUAUUGGACAAGAGAAACACAAAAUGGACUUUGCUUCCAAGGCAGACAUGCAGUCUAUGGAAUCUAUGAUUCCUAAAAGUUCUAGCCACAAAUCUCUAGAACAUGGUCGAAUGCUUCCAGAAGACAUUCAUGUCAGGGACACUAGUAGUAGUAGUACUGGUAGUAGUGGUACUGGUUCAAGUAGCCACAAUCCUUCCAAACGGGAUCUCUCAGACAAUAAGAGCAAAGAGGUUGUACGUGAUAUGAAUGCUGUGGGUAAGUCAAUGUCAUCAGACAUGAAAGGCGAUGAAAAGCAGCGAAUGAUGAUGAUGGAUAGAAUGCGUAGCCCUGCUGACAGCCAAAAACUAAAAGGCUCUUACUCAUCUUCUCUUAGUGCCAGUGGCAACAGUGGCAAUAGUAAUAACAGCAGCAGCAAUAUCUCUUCUUCACCCAGCACCAACAGUAGCUCCAGCUCUAGCAAUACGACGACGACAACAGCCACGACAACGACAACAACUGUGGCAUCAGCUAGUUCAGCCAACUACCCUCAUUACUUGUCAUAUCCUUAUGUGCAAUCCCCAGCAUACAACCAGUUGCACUUUGACCCCUAUCGACCUUUCAAUCCUGUCCUAGGCUACCCAAACCCUCCCUAUUUACACCCCACACACCUGGCCUACCGUGUGAACCCUAAUGAGCCUGAAAAGGAUGAGAAGAACUCCAAUCCAUCAAAAACCUUGCUUAAUCAGCCUGUUAUUGGUGGAUCUGAAUUGGAAACUUUCAAAUCCGCAGAAGUUAUCCAUCAUUCAUCAUCAGCGCCAUAUUUUGGCGUGCACAAAAUGCAUGAACUGCAAGAGAAACCUCUGUCAUCACGGCCCUCUCCUUCCUCCUCUUCCAAUUGUCACUCCUCGCCACACACAAAAUCUUCAAUAUCUGAGACAUCAGUAUCACCAUCACCAAAUUUUGAAAAAAGCAGGGACUAUCAGAAUUCUCCCCCUACCCAGAGACAUGUUCACACACACCAUCAUACCCAUGUGGUUGGAACAACAUUUCCUCUUUACCCUCCAUUUACCAAUAACCCCACCAAUCCUCAAAAUGGAAUGUAUUUAUCACAGCUAGUGAGGAUAGAUGCAGCCAAAACUGGAAUGGGUACCUACUCAUUCUCUCUCUCUCUCUCUUUCUCUCUCUCUCUCUUUCACACAUCUGGUCUCAUUCCUAUCCUUUAA